ACUGCUCGAGGUCCCCGCUGUCUUACACACAGCAAAGCUCCCGUUUGCUUCUCGUCACUCGUACUCCUUGUUCAUUCGUGAGCAAACGGCUUUACUCCAUCGCCAAUUUCCUUGUUUACCACCCCCUAAAAUCGUCAAAAUCACUGGGGAGGACCAACUUUACGUGUGCAAAGAGCUCACUUCAAUUGGCUUUACUUUCUCUGCUUUGUUUGGUCUGGGUCAAGGGGCACGAUGAAUACUAAUGAGGAUGGGGCUGCCGGUGGCGAUCAGGAGUAUGAACAGAAGCGUGAUCCCGACGCCGAGGAAGACGAAGAGAUGGCGCUGAAAGAGAAGGAUCUCGCGGACGACGCUCCAUGGAAGAGGAUUCAGAAGAACACCUUCACCCGUUGGUGUAACGAGCACCUAAAAUGUGUCAACAAGCACAUCGCCGACUUGGAUACCGAUUUAAGCGACGGAAUUCGGCUGAUUGCGCUGCUGCAAGUGCUCUCUCAGAAGCGGGUUUCGAAGCACAACCAGAAGCCGACGUUCCGGUCGCAGAAGCUCGAGAAUGUCUCGGUGGCGAUGAAGUUUAUCGAGGAUCAGAACAUCAAGAUCGUUAACAUAGACAGUACAGAUGUCGUAGACGGUAAACGAAAGCUGAUCCUCGGUCUGAUAUGGCUGCUUAUUCUCCAUUACUCCAUCUCCAUGCCAAUGUGGGACGACGAGGGGGAAUUCGAGGAAGAUACCACCAGGAAACGACCCCCAACUCCCAAGGAGAAACUGCUGAGCUGGAUCCAGAACAAGGUCCCCGAGCUCCCCAUCAAGAACUUCACCCGCGACUGGAACGAUGGGCGGGCCAUCGGCGCCCUCGUAGAUGCUGUGGCACCAGGACUGUGCCCUGACUGGGAGGACUGGGAUCCCAAGGAUAAUUUGAAGAAUGCCAAGGAGGCCAUGAAGCUGGCUCAGGAUUGGCUGGAUGUACCUCAGGUGUUGGAUCCCAAGGACAUGUGCAACCCCAAAGUGGACGAUCUCAGUAUGAUGACAUACCUCGCUGAGUUCCCCAAGUGCAAAGUCAAGCCAGGUGCUCCCCUCAGACCCAAAUCUAACGCCAAAAAGGUACGUGCAUAUGGACCUGGUCUGGAGAAAGGAAACGUGAUCAGUGUUCCCACCAAUUUCACCGUGGAGACGUUCUCAGCCGGCAGCGGCAAAGUGGAAAUCACCAUCCAGGGACCCGAUGGCAAAACUGUUCCCAACGAGUGCAAGUUCAACAGCGACAAGAACAAGACGUACACUGUGACAUACACAGCAAUGAUAGCUGGUACCCACACGAUAACCGUUCUCUUCAAAGGACAACAAAUUCAGAAGAGCCCGUACACUGUGGAGAUUGGGGAUAUGAAGGGCAAUGCAUCCAAAUGCUCGGCCAAGGGCCCUGGACUGGAGGCAACUGGCCUCAUUGUCAACAAACCCACCUACUUUGAAGUCUUUACUGCAGGUGCUGGAGCCGGCACUCCGGACGUGACCGUGAUCGACCCCAACGGUGUUACAACAACUUCCAGCGUCAAGGUCACAAACAAGGGAAAGAACACAUUCUACGUUGAAUACCUUCCAACUGUUGUUGGAAAUUACACCAUCGAGAUCAAAUUUGCUGGCCAGCAUAUUCCAAAGAGUCCCUACACUGUCAGGAUAUCUUACCCCUUCAAUGCUCAGAAGGCGUUUGCCUACGGACGCGGAAUCCAGAACAAGGGUCUACGCGUCAGGGAGGAGUGUGUCUUCUACAUCAACACCAAGGAAGCCGGGGAGGCUGCCCUGAAAGUUCAGAUAAUCGGUCCUGGUGGAAUCGACGAGCCGUGCACGAUCAAAGACAACGGGGAUGGAAUCUACACCUGUAGCUACCGUCCGUUCAAGCAGGGUCGUUACAUCAUCAACGCCAUGUACGGCAAGAAGGAGAUCAGCAAAGCGCCAUUCACUGUCAACAUUGCCCCCGAGGCAACCGGGCCUGUAGCACUCGUGCGCGCUUUCGGACCCGGACUUGAGGGCGGUGUUGUCGGCAAGUCUUGCGAUUUCACCGUGGAGACAAAUGGAUCUGUUGGAGCUCUAGGUUUCUCCAUUGAGGGUCCAUCAGAAGCCAAGAUCAACUGCAAGGAUAACGGAGAUGGCUCGUGCGAGGUAUCGUACUUCCCAACGAUGGUUGGAGAAUACGCCAUUCACAUCACGUGUGAUGAAGAGGACAUUGUCAACAGCCCUUACAUUGCUCAGAUCAUACCCGACAAGGGUGGCUUUGAUGCGUCUAAGGUCAAAGCCUACGGCCCAGGUCUUGUAAAGGACGGCCUGGAACUCAACAAGCGCACCGAGUUCACCAUUGACGCCAAGGCCCCUGGCUGCGGACAGGCUCCAGUCGGAGUCCUGAUCGCUGACCAACAGGGCAACCCCGUCAAACCGGACAUCAAGGACAACAAGAACGGGACGUUCACCGUGUCGUACACCCCAGUCAAGCCUCUGAAGCACAAUGUGGCCGUUACAUGGGGCGGGGUCAGCAUCCCUGAGAGUCCAUUCAAGAUCAACAUUGGUGGCGGACUGGGCAAGGUGAAGGUUUACGGUCCCGGGGUCGAACCCAACAAGGUCAAAUCCUCCAAGCCUACCCAAUUCACUGUGGAUUGCACUGAAGCUGGCAAAGCCCCAGUUACCUGCAGUGUGAAGUCCAAGCCAGGCGUCAACGGUCCAAAAGAGAAAGAGAUCCCAUGCAAGGUCAAGGACAAUGGAAACAACACCUUCACCGUGGACUACGCUCCAGAGGCUCCCGGUGACUACAAUGUCGGGGUCAAGUUUGGAGGCAAAGAGAUCCCUCAGAGCCCCAUCCCUGUCAAAGUCAUCCCUGAUGUCGACUUCAGUAAGAUAAAGGUCAAGAAUCUAGAGCCAACUGUUAAACUGGGGAAACCAUUCACCCUAGAGGUGGAUACCAGUGAAGCAGGUAUAACCAAGCUCGCCGUUUCACUCAAGAAACCAAACGGAGAGAUAAUUGAACCCGAGAUUGAGCCGAUCAGUGCCAAGUGCACCAAGGUAAGCUUCACGCCUGAAGAGGAAGGCCCCCAUGAGCUUACGAUGAGUCAGGCAGACUACGAUCUUGGCCAAAUAGUCAUCAUCAUCAAUGUUGUCGUGAAGACCGAUCCUUCGAUGUGUUCCGCUAGUGGUCCGGGUUUGGUCGGGGGCCAUGUCAACAAGCCGUCCGAGUUCAUGAUUAAUGUCGGCGGUGCGGGUCACGGCGGUCUGAGCGUCACUGUCGAAGGUCCCAGCGAAGCGGAGAUCGAAUGCAACGACAAUGGGGAUGGCACCUGUGCUGUGUUCUACACACCCAUGAUGAUCGGCACCUACGCUGUCAACGUUCUGUUUGCCAAUGUCCACAUCCCUGGCUCGCCCUUCGCUGCAAAGGUCAUCGACUCCACCUUGGUAGAAUCUUGGGGGCCUGGAUUGAUCAAGGGGUACGCAGAUUUGGCCUGUCCAUUCGAAGUUGAUUGCCAGGCUGCUGGCAAGGCCCCUGAAAAAGAGGGUGUUCUCCCGGUUGAGUGUUCUGUCGUCGGACCGGACGGUGAGGUCCUGGACACCUCAGUGAAGCGCGACCCAAGGGACGAUGAUCUCUACAUACUCGCAUAUACGCCCAUGGAGGAAGGACAACACACACUUCAUGUCACCUACGGCGGUUACUCCAUCCCGGAUUUCUCCAGACGCGUCGAUAUCGACAAGCCCAUCGAUCUGAGCGGGGUGACGGUCAGAGGAAGGGGAUUCGAUAACAAUGAUGCUGUAUUUUGCGACUGUGCUGCUGAGUUCCAGGUUGACGCCAAACCCCUUGGCACUCCUCUGGACAAGGACCUACUGAAAACCGACGUGACUGCCCCUUCAGGCAAGAAGGUGAAACCCGUCAUGAAGGACAACAAGGAUAACACCUUUGACGUCAACUACACUCCAAUUGAAAAGGGUGAGCACACAGUUGAUGUUUCCUUUGCCGGCCAGCCCCUCGGUGACUCGCCAUACACCGUCGGUGCCAUUCCGGGCCACGAUGCUUCCCGCUGUAAAGCCUACGGCCCAGGCCUGGAGUCGGCCGUCACCAACAAGCCGGCUGUCUUCACGGUGGAGACCAAGGGCGCUGGUAAAGGUGGACUCGGUCUGGCCAUCGAAGGGCCCUCGGAGGCCGCCAUGGAGUGUGUUGAUAACAAGGAUGGUAGCUGUACCGUGACAUACCUGCCAACUGUACCUGGAGACUAUGAGGUUCACAUCACCUUCGCUGAUGAUCCAAUCCCAGGAAGUCCGUUCAGACCCACUGUCUGUGACAGCAUUGAUGCCAGCAAGGUGAAGGCAAGCGGGCCUGGCCUGGAUAACAAGGGAGUCAAGGCUAACGCACCUGCAACCUUUAAGGUUGAUGCUUCCAAGGCAGGUGGUAAAGCUCCUCUUGAUGUCACCAUCAUGCCAGAGAGAGCGCCAAUUGAGAAAGCGAAGGUAGUUGACAACAAGGAUGGUACGUAUGACGUCACCUAUGUGCCCAAAGCUGAAGGAAAGCUGCAGGUUGACAUCGAGUAUGGAGGCCGACAGAUUCCACAGAGUCCCGUGUUCACCAAGGUGCUUCCCAACAAGGCCGAUGCCAGCAAGGUCAAGGUCAAAGGUCCCGGAGUUGAGAAGGGAGUGCUUGCCAGUUUACCAGUGGAGUUCACCGUGGAUACCAGGGAUGCAGGAGACGCUGAUCUGGAAAUUACCAUCACUGAUGGCUCAGGCAAACCAAUCAUACCCGAAGUCAUCGACAACCAAGACGGUACCUUCAAGAUCAUCUACACACCCAAGGAUGUGGAUCGCUACACCAUUAAGGUGAAGUACGGAGGAGUACAGGUCCCCAAGUCUCCCUGGGUCAUCUCCACAAGCCCCACUGGAGACGCCAGCAAGUGCGAUAUCAUCGGCUGCAAAAGCGGCAAUUAUGAGAUUCCCGUCAGACGGCGUAGCCUUAGCUCUGAGAGUACCACGACAACACGUACCACCACCACACGCACUACAACAACAAAAACAAUCACCAAGACAGUUACUGUUGAGGAGGAGACAGUAUUCAAGGUGAACUCGCGCGACGCCGGUAAGGGUCAUGUGACCUGCACCAUCGUGGGACCUGACGGCAAAGAGGUACCCGAUUGUUCCGUUGUUGACAACGGUGACGGAACCUUUGACAUCAUCUGGACCUGCCCUGCACCAGGAACCUACAAUGUGGACAUCAAGUUUGGAGGUGUGUCACUCACUGGAGGACCCAUCACUAUCAGUGGUGCAGAAGGCCCACCUGAAGAUCUUAUAGACUCCGAACAAAUCAUGCCACAAGAGUGCCGACCCCUCGAGCUCCAACUUCCAGUGUUGGGUGCUGGUCAUGGUAACAUCAAUGGUAAACCAGGUGAGAAUGGCCACCCAAGUGAGAACGAUGAUUUCAUUGAGGAAGUUAUUGGCAUGGAGCAGGUUAAACCUGUUGAAGCAGGAGUAAGCUUUGGAGCUUUUGAGGAUGAGCCAGGCUCUCUGGACAAAGAUGCGGAGAACAAAGAUGACGCAGCAGAGCCAACCUCGCCUAGCUUUGCGAUGGGCUUUUUUCAAAAGGUCACGGAGCCCUUCCGAAGGUUGGGCGAUCGUUUCGGGGAAAAGGGCGACAAGGAUGACAAGGAUAAAGGGCCCAGUGACGACUGGGAUUUUGCCUUGGAUUUGGAAGGGGAGGUUGGAAAAAUUGACGAUGAAGGGAAACCAAGGAAGAAUGGCGGCCCCAACGAUAGUGGGGACGAGAUUGAGGAGAUUAUCGGUAAACAGGAAACAAAGCCUGUCGAGGCAGGAGUCAACUUUGGUGCAUUUGUGGAUACUCCAGAGGACGAGGGGGCUACCCCUGAUGAUGACGCAGGACGUCCGAGCUCCCCAUCAGGGUCGGGUCUCAAGGGUCUCUUGAGAAGGGUCACUGAUCCGAUCAUUCGGCGUUUCGGGGAUAAGCCUGGGGAGGAUCCCAACGGGGAAGUGUCCCCCUUGGGCACCCCAAAUGAUAGGAACUUCGCCGUGGAAAUUCCCGAUGAUUUUGAGCGUAAAGGACCGUUGAAUGGUGAGGUCAAGAGACCAUCGGGUAAGAAGGACAUUCCCACCAUCACAGAGAACAAAUCUGGCACCAUAACCGUCAAGUACGCACCACAGGAAACUGGCAAACAUGAACUGUCUAUCAAGUACGGAAGCAGCCACGUACCAGGGAGUCCGUUUGAGUUCCACGUUGAUGAGCUGAAGAGCGGUCAGGCUACAGCCUUCGGUCCCGGUCUGACUCAUGGUAUCUGCGGUGAGACUGCCACGUUCACUGUCAACACAAAGGAUGCUGGACCAGGUGGCCUGGCCCUGGCAGUAGAAGGUCCCUCCAAGGCGGAGAUCAAGUGUGUAGACAACAAAGAUGGAACAUGUAACGUGACAUACUUCCCACAGAAGAUCGGCCAGUACGAGGUCACUGUCAAGUUCGCCGACAAGCAUGUCCCAGGCAGUCCCUUUAAGGCUAACGUUGUCGACAAGGCAGGCAGUAUGAUGUCAAUCGGAGCAGCUAGCGAUGUUCCUCUUAAGAUCACGGAGACUGACAUCACUCAACUCAAGGCUUCCAUUACUCCACCCAGUGGAGGAGAAGAACCAUGCACUCUGAAACGUCUUCCCAACGGAAAUAUCGGUAUCACAUUCACACCCAAGGAGGUCGGGGAGCAUCUAGUCACCGUUAAGAAAUUCAACCGUCAAAUCCCAGGCAGCCCCUUCAAGAUCAUUGUCGGCUCCCAGGAGGUUGGCGACUCCUCUAAGGUCAAAGUCCGAGGGCGUGGAAUCUCAGACGCCGACGCUGGCCAAAUGGCAGAGUUUGUUGUUGACACCAGGGAUGCUGGCUAUGGAGGUUUGGGUGUAUCCAUUGAGGGUCCCAGCAAGACUGAAAUCAACUGCUCUGAUCUUGGCGAUGGUACGUGCGCAGUGACCUACAGACCAGCCGAGCCAGGCACCUACAAACUCAACGUCCGCUUUGCCGAGCAGGACAUCCCUGGUAGCCCGUUCAACGUCAAGGUACACCCAGAGGAUGGUAGCUGCAUGGAACCACUGAUGCAGGCUACAUUGGACAAGCCAACCCGGGCUGCUCCCGUAUCGCACAUUGGCAGCGAAUGCGAACUUGGCUUGAAGAUUCCAGAUACUGAUCCACUGGACAUGACAGCACAAGUCACUAACCCUAAGGGUAAGACUGAAGAUGCUGAGAUUGUUGAUGGAGCAGACUGCCGCUACGUCGUCAGGUUUGUCCCCACUAUGGACGGGGUCCACACAGUCAGCGUUAAGAGCAGAGGCCUGCAUGUGCCAGGAAGUCCCUUCCAGUUCACUGUUGGUCCUUUCGGUGAGGGAGGAGCUCACAAGGUCCACGCUGGAGGCCCAGGGCUGGAGCGUGGAGAGAUCAAUGUACCAGCUGAGUUCACUGUCUGGACACGUGAGGCUGGUCCCGGAAAACUUAGCAUCUCUGUGAAGGGUCCUGCUAAGGCCAAGAUUGACAUCCAAGACAACAAGGAUGGCUCCUACCAAGUCAUCUAUACACCAACAGCACCAGGUGAAUAUGUGAUUGACAUCAUGUACAAUGACCAGCCGAUCCCUGAUAGCCCCUUCAAAGCUAUGGUCACUCCAGCCAUCGGUGAAGCCAGAAGACUCAGUGUGUCAUCUAUCCAUGAGAGUGGUCUGAAGGCCAAUCAGCCUUGCUCAUUCGCUGUGCAACUAAAUGGUGCUAAGGGAGAUCUUAAAGCUAAAGCUGUAGCGCCCUCUGGUGUUGAGGAUGAGUGCACUAUCACAGAGAUCGAUAACGAGAACUACGCUGUUCGCUUCUUGCCUCGUGAGAACGGAGUCCAUCUUAUCCAUGUCUUCUUCAAGGAUGCUCCCAUCCCUGGCAGUCCCUUCAGGGUUCGUGUUGGAGGACCUGAUGUCAUCGGUGACCCAGGCAUGGUCCAUGCCUACGGCGACGGCUUGGAUAAAGGACGAACAGGUGAGCCCGCUGAGUUCAUCGUGAACACAUGUGGUGCUGGGGCAGGCUCAUUGUCUAUCACCAUCGACGCACCUUCCAAAGUCAAACUGGAUGUGCAGGAGAUCGGGGAGGGCUAUAAAUGCAUCUAUUACCCCACCCAGCCCGGUGAUCAUCUCAUCUCCAUCAAGUACGCUGGGGCACACCACAUCGGUGGCAGCCCGUUCAAAGCCAAGAUCAUCGGCAAAGGAAAGGGACCCGUCAGCCACAAAGUAGAGCAGGCCAACGUGACGGUAGAAACCACCAUAAAGACAACACAGACUUCAUCCAUGCCAUGCUUCUCAUCAGAUGCUUCCAAGUGUACCGCCUCAGGAGCGGGUCUCAAGAAAGCCUUCCUCAGCAAGAAGUCACAGUUCACAGUCAACUGCUCCGAAGGAGGUCAAAACAUGCUACUUGUAGGCAUUGCUGGUCCCAAGACACCAUGUGAAGAAAUCAUCAUCAAGCACAUGGGCCGGCAACGAUUCACAAUCUCAUAUAUACUGAAAGAAACUGGUAACUAUAAAAUGAUCGUCAAGUGGGGGGAGGAUCACAUACCCGGUAGUCCAUUUAUGCUCCAUUGUUCAUAGUUUAAUUAACAUGAGAACCACCGUGUUACCAGUCGGGGAGGAUAAUGACAAAAGGGCUUUGGCUUAUGGUCUGGUAACAUACUUCACAAUGUUCUUUUGGAGAGAACUUCCUAAAAGGUACCAGACUGUACUAGCCAAUGGCUUAUGGUAUAGUAACAUGCUUCACAAUGUUACUUGGAGUUGACUCCCUAAAAGGUACCAGACUAUAAUAAUAGCCAAUUCACCAUUAAGUUAGUGAUGCUGGUACCAUGCUCAUGUGGUAUGUUAAUCUAAUAGAAGUAAGGAAACCAGUGUUUUAUAGUUUAGCCAGGGUAAACAUUAUAUAAUAAGCCGGGAUCUGAAAUUAAGUUCCAGAAAGAAAAGAAAAACAGUCAAAACAGGAUGUGUUUGACUGCAGCAAGUUAGCAGGUGCUAAAAUCUAAAUACUUCUAUCUUGCUUGCUGUAGCUAGAUGAGACUUGUGCAAGUCUAGGGAACUAGAGUAGUUUUUUUUUCCCAGGAGCCUGUUGUUGAAAGACUAGGUUGAAAUGUCAUUCAACUGAAGCGUACUAGUCUUCCAUAAUAUUAAUAAAGUGCAAAGGGGAGCCAUCUCUUGUAGAAUUGUAUAGUGGGGACGUUUGACGUGGACAUUACUGUGUAGAUGUAGAAGUGUGAACCAUAAAUUUUAAAAGAAAAAAAAAGGCGAAAAAAACAAAACAGGAAAAGCUAUAAAAAUUGAAUUAUAAAAAUACCAAUUGGGAGUUGAAAACUAACUAGAUGAAAAAAAAGUGACUAAUAAAUUUUGAAAAAUCAUGAAAAACGAUAUGCAAUUAAUAAUAUCAAAAAAUAUAGUAGCUAUUAGUAUAUCAGUUGAUAACGAAAUUUAAUAUAAUCCGUUUUGUGGGGGAAAGUGUGAGCGAUGUUUUAAAAACGUUUAAUUUUGUGAUUUGUUUAUGUUAUUGAAGCAACAAUGAAUCAAAUUUGAUUUACUUCCCCUAUGUAAUUUAUGCUUUUUAAUUAAAUACAAUUUAUGACAUUUACAAUUAACAACGAUAAAAAUUAAUCUCUUUAUCUAUGCCUGUUUGUUGAAGGAAAAACAAAAUAACCUUAUUGUGGGCACGGUUGAUGCCACAUGGUUGAUUUGUUUAGUUGUUUAUAUAUCUGCUUGCAAGGGAGGUAUACAUUUUAGUUAUUGGUGAUUUGCUUUUAAUUAGAGAAUGGACGAACAAAUCCAUGCAAUGCGAGAUUGCUUGGGUUAACUAGUACCAAGAGUGCCUUGGUGGACAAACAAGUCGCAACUAUUCAUAGACUCAUUUUUUGAAAUAUGUAUGGUUAUAAACUACAAUAAUAAAAGCAUUUUGAAAAGUUUUACAACAAUACAUAACUGAGUCGAUACUGAUUAGUAAUAAUAUUGCAAGAAAGAAAAAAAAAAAAAAACAAGAAAAGAAACUAGCAGUGGGUGAAACAAACUAUGUAUCUGUAAUAUAUUUCUGGUUGUGGUGUGGCUUGAGAAACAUUCAUGGCUUUAGUCUCGAUUCUUAUAGAAGUAUGAGUAGUGAUAGCAUUUCCAUGGCAACCGCCCUUUAUAACAUAAUAUAGUAUAUUUUGGGCAUCUUUCAAUAAUGCAUGACCGUUGGAAUUAAGAAGAACGAAACAAGAUUUUUUUAAAGUGUUAUUGUAAAAAAU